CGAUCACAGCACAGCACUGCCAGUUGUUGUCUGAAAACAUGUUUUACUGAUUUUGCUUAAGUAUUUUUCAGGCAGGAAGGUAAAUCUAUUCCUUGUUACCCUGUAAUAGCCAGGAGCAAAAACCUCUUUAUUUUUAAACUAACUUGAAUAGCAAAUUAUUUCUCUUUUCUCAAGUAGAAAUCACUGACCUCUAACAUUACUGGGGGAAAAAACUACUCCGCAGCUUUUUACCACUAAAGUGACGCAUAGUAUUCCUUGCUAGUUCUAAAUUUAUACUCUGCCUCAAAGAAGAGUUUGUGCUACAUAAUGCCUGCAGGAAUUAAGCCAGGGUCAAUUCGCUGAAUCUUGCUUCGUGGCUCCUCACCGCAGGAAAUUAGAAAAGCUAUUUCAGUCCAAUAAUGUAAUCCCGAAUUUAGUUCUGCAGAGAGGUGGGAAAGGUUGGCCCUAUUGAAGUAUGUAUUCAUGGCAGUCAGUUCAUAGAACUUAAGAAGGAUGCCAGUGUCUCUGGUUGUUUUAGUUUGUUGACUUGUGAAGAAAACUGGUGUGAGAGAGUUACAAGGCCUCAGAGAAAUACCAGCGGGGGACGUCCCGCCACCAUUUUUAUAACGAAAAGCUAAUUAAAAUGGAUAAUCAAGAUAGUCGAAGUAGAAAACAAACUUGCAGAAUGCCAGUGUGCAGUUAGUUGACUCAAGGUGCAAAACAGGCCUUUUUUUCUAUUUGCUUUGCUUUGGAUUGUAGGCUAUUUUAAUAAUGGCCCCCAAAGAUGUCCUCCUCCUAAUCAUCAGAACCUGUGAAUAUGUUCUCUUCUGUGGCAAAAGGGACUUUGCAGACAUGGUUAAGUUAAGGAUCUGAAGAUGGGAAGAUUAUGCUGGAUUAUCCAGGUGGGACCCAUGUAAUUACAAUGGUCCUUAUAAGAAGGAGGUUGGAGUGUCAGUCUUUGACUAUAUGACAAUCAAAGCAGAGGGGAGAAAAAGAGAGAGAUUUGAAGGUGCUGUGCUGCGGACUUUGAAGAUGGAGGAAGGAAACCAGGAUCCAAGGAAUAAAGGCAGCCUCUAGAAUCUGGAAAGGAUCUUUCGAAGAUGGUUUGGCUGCCUUGGAGCUUUGGAGAUCUGAUGCCACGAUGAGGACUCACACACGGGGGGCUCCCAGUGUGUUUUUCAUAUGUUUGUUCUGCUUGGCGUCAGCUUCCAUCGCCGACGAGAACCCGGAAGUCAUGAUUCCCUUCACCAAUGCCGACUACGACAGCCACCCGAUGCUGUACUUCUCUGGGGCGGAGGUUGCGGAGCUCCGGCUGCAGGCGGCCAGCUCCCACGAGCACAUAGCCGCCCGGCUCACCGAGGCCGUGCACGCCAUGCUGUCCAGCCCCUUGGAAUACCUCCCUCCCUGGGACCCCAAGGACUACAGCGCCCGCUGGAAUGAAAUUUACGGCAACAACUUGGGCGCCUUGGCCAUGUUUUGCGUGCUGUAUCCUGAGAACAUGGAAGCCCGAGACAUGGCCAAAGACUACAUGGAGCGGAUGGCUGCUCAGCCUAGUUGGCUGGUGAAAGAUGCUCCUUGGGAUGAAGUCCCGCUUGCUCACUCCCUGGUUGGUUUUGCCACUGCCUACGACUUCUUGUACAACUACUUGAGCAAGACACAACAGGAGAAGUUUCUUGAAGUGAUUGCCAAUGUCUCGGGAUAUAUGUAUGAAACUUCCUACAGGAGAGGAUGGGGAUUUCAGUACCUGCACAAUCAUCAGCCCACCAACUGCAUGGCCUUGCUCACAGGAAGCCUGGUUCUGAUGAAUCAAGGGUAUCUUCAAGAAGCCUACCUAUGGACCAAACAAGUUCUGACCAUCAUGGAGAAGUCUCUGGUCUUGCUCCGAGAGGUGACAGACGGUUCCCUCUACGAAGGAGUUGCCUACGGAAGCUAUACCACUAGGUCCCUCUUCCAGUAUAUGUUUCUUGUUCAGAGGCACUUUGACAUCAACCACUUUGGUCACCCAUGGCUUAAACAACACUUUGCAUUUAUGUAUAGAACCAUCCUACCAGGGUUUCAAAGAACCGUGGCUAUUGCAGACUCAAAUUACAACUGGUUUUAUGGUCCAGAAAGCCAAUUAGUGUUCCUGGAUAAAUUUGUCAUGCGUAACGGCAGUGGUAACUGGCUCGCUGACCAGAUCAGGAGGAACCGGGUGACUGAAGGUCCGGGGACACCGUCCAAAGGGCAGCGCUGGUGUACUCUUCACACGGAAUUUCUCUGGUAUGACGCCAGCUUGAAAUCUGUUCCUCCCCCAGAUUUUGGCACCCCCACGUUGCAUUAUUUUGAAGACUGGGGUGUUGUGACUUACGGAAGUGCACUGCCCGCAGAAAUCAAUAGAUCUUUUCUUUCCUUCAAGUCGGGAAAACUCGGGGGCCGUGCAAUAUAUGACAUUGUGCACAGAAACAAAUACAAAGAGUGGAUCAAAGGAUGGAGGAAUUUUAAUGCAGGGCAUGAACAUCCUGAUCAAAACUCAUUUACUUUUGCUCCCAAUGGUGUGCCUUUCAUUACGGAGGCUCUCUAUGGGCCAAAGUACACCUUCUUCAACAACGUUUUGAUGUUCUCGCCAGCUGUGUCCAAGAGCUGCUUUUCUCCCUGGGAGGGUCAGGUCACGGAAGACUGCUCUUCAAAAUGGUCUAAGUACAAGCAGGACCUGGCAGCCAGCUGUCAGGGGAGAGUGGUUGCAGCAGAGGAGAAAAACGGAGUGGUUUUCAUCCGAGGAGAAGGGGUGGGAGCUUAUAACCCCCGGCUGGAUCUCAAGAACGUUCAGAGGAAUCUGAUCCUCCUGCACCCCCAGCUGCUGCUCCUCGUGGACCAGAUCCACCUGGGAGAGGAGAGCCCGCUGGAGAGCGCAGCAAGCUUCUUCCACAACGUGGACGUUCCCUUCGAGGAAACAGUGGUAGAUGGGGUCCACGGGGCUUUCAUCCGGCAGCGGGACGGUCUCUACAAAAUGUACUGGAUGGACGAUACCGGCUACAGUGAGAAAGCAACCUUUGCUUCCGCGACGUACCCUCGGGGCUACCCCUACAACGGGACGAACUACGUGAACGUCACUGUGCACCUGCGGAGCCCCAUCACCAGGACAGCUUACCUCUUCAUAGGGCCGUCUGUCGACGUCCAGAGCUUCAGCAUCCACGGAGACUCGCAGCACCUGGGCGUGUUCAUCGCCACCAGCCAGCAUGCCUACGCCGCUUACCUUUGGAGCGGAGAGAACACGGCGCAGCCAGCCUUUGCACAGGUCAUUGCCGAUCGGCGGAGGAUCCUGUUCGACCAGAGCUCGGCCAUCAAGAGCACCUCGGUGCCGGAGGUGAAGGACUACGCCGCUGUGGUGGACCAGAACCUGCAGCGUUUCAAGCCAGUGUUCCAGCAGCUGGAGAAGCAGAUCCUGUCCCGGGUCCGGAACACAGCUAGCUUUAGGAAGACCGCUGAGCGCCUGCUGAGAUUUUCAGAUAAGAGGCAGACGGAGGAGGCCAUCGAUAGGAUUUUUGCCAUAUCACAGCAGCAGCAACAGCAAAGCAAGUCAAAGAGAAACCGGAGGGUAGGCAAACGCUAUAAAUUUGUGGACGCCGUCCCCGAUAUUUUUGCACAGAUCGAAGUCAAUGAAAAAAAGAUUCGACAGAAGGCUCAGAUUUUGGCACAGAAAGAACUGCCCAUCGAUGAAGAUGAAGAAAUGAAAGACCUUUUAGAUUUUGCAGAUGUGACGUAUGAGAAACACAAAAACGGUGGCUCCCUGAAAGGCCGGUUUGGACAGGCCCGGAUGAUGACAACAACUCGCAGCCGGGCCCCGUCACUGUCGUCCUCCUAUACCAGACUGUUCCUGAUCCUGAACAUUGCUAUUUUCUUUGUCAUGUUGGCAAUGCAACUGACUUAUUUCCAGAGGGCCCAGAGCCUGCAUGGCCAAAGAUGUCUUUAUGCAGUCCUUCUAGUAGAUAGCUGUAUUUUAUUGUGGUUGUACUCUUCUUGUUCCCAAUCACAGUGUUAGCAUUAAAGCUAUCCAUUGUUUGAUCGUUUUGUGGUCACAAGAGUCUAUGCAAAAAAACCCCACAAAAACCAAAAACAAAACUUGCCCCAGUUUGUUAUUGGUCUUUUUAUCUAAGAUUCCUUUUAACAAAUUAAGGGGAACAUAUUUUCACACAAGAAGGCAGGGAUAUGGAGAAAUCAGAAUUGGAAAGGCAAAGAUUUAUCAGAGGAAUAAGAGUGGCUUGGUUGUCCCGUGGUGUUUCUGGAAGUAUUUGGCUUGGCUAAUUUAGCAGUCCAUAUAAUAUUACCCUUAGAAGAAACAGCAAGUCUGGUUUUAAGAAAAAGAUUUAGAUAGAUUUGGGUUUUAUUAAUAUUAAUUUAAUGCUAUUAGCAAUUUCCAGAUACUAUUUUAUGGAAAAGACUGAAGUACGCGAUUCUGAGAAAAAUCAGAAAAUUUUUUUUCAUAUAGUCAUGUUGAAAAAUAAGUAUUAUUAAGUCCUGGUAUGGUGGUGUUAACUUCCUUGGAGAGUAGUUCAUUAGUUAAAUGAAAGCAGGAUCUCCAUAUUGGAUUCCUGUUCAGACAGCACAAGAAAAUGAUGGCAGACGAUCAUUAAAAAUUUAAAAUAUGUUUUCAGUAGAAAAACACGUAUCAGUGAAUGAGUAUUUCCUUGACGAUGUUGGUCUCUGCACACACAUAAUGCCUCCAUUGGUUGUUCAAUCAAUAAGACAAUUACAAGUAACUUAAUUUUCUCUUUUCCUUAUAUGGAAAACUGUUGUAGACCCAGUGGCUCAACUUCAAAAUAAAAUACUUUAUAUCCCAAAUGUUGAUUUCAAUACCAAAGAAGAUGGGGAAACUAAAAUUUGGGUAUGAUUCUUAUGUUUUUUAAUAGAAAACUUCAAGUUUAUUUUGCUAAAUAAACAUUAUAAUUAU